UGACCAUUUCAGUUAACUUACGUACGUCGUGGAAUCAACACGCAACAGGUCCCAUAUAAUCGGCUUAUACGAUCUGAUCCAAUCCCUCCAAAUAAGAGCCAACGAAAGCGAAAUCUCAAUCGACUGCCAUGGAGUUCAACAAUCGCCUGUUGCUGAAAAUCAUUGAGCUGGCAAUUGCCAUCGCCUGCAUUGUGUUGUACGAGACGGUUGGAAAUCUCUCCUCGCGUCCGGUGAUUGUGGCAGGCACCAUCGGUGGAUUCACGGUCAUCUGCGGCGUUCUGCUCGCCGGUCAUGUGAUCAACUCGCUGGUGGAGAAGCGGCUCAAUGCCCUGUUCUCGCUGAUUGGCUGCCUGCUUUUUGUGGCCUCCGGAGCUUUGGUGAUCGAUGAGUGGCACGGAUGGUCCCCGUUCCCGGACAGGAAGCGCCAGGCCAUCGGAGCCGGAUCCCUGAUGAUCAUCAAUGCGGCCGUCUUCCUUCUGGACACCCUCUGCAUCUGCCGGACGUAAAGAUCGUUCCAAAGGCCUUAAUUUUUUUUUGCAAAUCGAAUAACUUGUGUGAAGAAAACAAGAAUCUAUUCUAGAUGUUAAUGUAUUUUUUUUUGUGUACGACCUUUCCAUAUAUAGUUUUAUACGUGUCUUAAGCUAAACUCAGAUAUACGCACGCAGAUUAUUUACAGGAAUCCAUUAAAUAUAUAUAUAUAUAUGCACACAUACAUACCAGCUAUCUGUGGUUAUAAUAUGCUAAACUCACAACAUCUGGCCAUGUCUUACAUCACCAUAAUUGCCCGAUCCCUCCCCCCCGCGUUCCUGGGAUAAUGGGCCAUAAUUGCCUGAGGGCUGAGUUUCUGGGAAAGACUGGCGGGCCUGACGUCACGUGCCAACUGUUGCAAAAUCCAGUGGACUCCGAUUACGACCCUCCAAAGGUUGUCAACUCCUCCGCAUUCCCAUCCCCAUUCCCAUUCCCAUGCCCAGAGAUCGCCAACUGGAGGGCAUUACCUUUAUCUGGUACUCGACUCGGGGGCAAGCCAUCGCAAUCGCACCUCUGGCAUUUAUUGUGUCAUCUCCAUUUGUGCAACUGUCCCAGAGUAAAAAAAUCAUACUAGAUUCAGCUUUCUCAGAAAAAAAUCAGGGCAACUAGAAGUGUCUUUUAUAUAAUAUUUGGUUGCAAGUUGUAAUAUCAAUAAUAUUAGUGUAGAUUUUUGAACAAAAAAAAGCCAUGACCAUUUUUCAAAAACCUCGAAAGCGGUAUAUAUAAAAUAUGAUGAAUAAAUAUAUUUUAAAUGACAUUAAUGUUCAUAAUGGAAAAAAUAAUAUUUUAGAAUUUUGAAUCCUACAUUUACCUGAAAACUUAAAGGAUAUCGAAAUUUGAAAAAAUCCUACACGGAAACUUAAGUUCUUGGGUUAUUGUUUUGGAUAUUUAAUCAAACCUAAAUAUCAUUAAGCAACCACAUUUAACUGUUAUACCUUUUAACUGUUAUUAUUUUUAAAAAAUCAUUAAAAAUAAACUUUUGAUUUCUGCAA